AUGAGUGACUCGCGUCAGGCGGACCAUGAGGGCGAUGCAUCCGCUCCCACCGUCGCGACGGAGCCGGAUUCUAGCAACAGUUACUCCUUUCUGAUACAUUCCAACAAGACAUUGACCCAGGAUCUUCCACCCAAAGUCGAUAGCAAAGUUUACAUUCGCCAGCGUCGUCGGCGAACCAGCCCCGAGGACCAUGCCGUUUUAGAAGCAGAAUACAGACUGAACCCAAAGCCUGACAAGGCCACCAGAGCAAGUAUCGUCAGCAGAGUCUCUUUGGGUGAUAAGGAAGUUCAGAUAUGGUUUCAAAACAGAAGGCAGAACGACAGGCGAAAGUCCAAACCAAUACAUCCCAAUGAACUAUCUCCCAAUACACAAGAACUCGAAGGCUCUCAGAAAACUGUAGAUGCUAGCCCCCCGAACACACAGAAUGAAAACCCAAGUUCCAGUGCCCCUCAUGAUUCCUACGAUAAUAUUCUCGGCACACCAUCUCAGUCUCUCUCCAACUGCCAGUGUGAACAAAAUAUCGCCUCCUCGCAACUCGAAAGCUCACAGACUUCUACUACAUCUACCAAAUCUCAAACAGACCGGUGCAGCUUUUGCUCUCCCCUUAUCGAAUCAAGAUUACGUGGCCAGCUUUCCUCCGGUAAGAGGAAGCGUGCAGAUUCAGGCGUGAGCGGACUAGGGGUUGGCGGAUUUGAGAAUGGACGAAGGUCACUUGGCUCCACCGAUUCGCCCUCUCUGCGUCUUUCUCUUUCCUUUGACGGCGAAGCAGUGGUUCGUGGAGAAGAUGAAAAGACUCCUUCUCCUCCCAAGAUUCGCGAUUCUUUGAGAAUUGCUUUCUCUGCAGAUGGCGAAGCAGUUGUUCGAACUGCAGGAGAGCCGUCGCCGUCUCCUUCACGGAACCGUACAUCGACUCCACUCUCUCUCCAAUCCCGACUUAAAGGCCUUCGACGGACAAGCAGUGCUAUCUCCUUUGGAUCUAAAUCGCCGGAUGCUGCUAACAUAUUCGGACGGUCUCGGGAUUCACGUAGAUGGGAAUUAUACUGCGACACGGACGCGCGUAGCGCUCUCUCCUCGCCUAAAAUGACACCCGAUGGAACAAGAAGUGCCGGAUCCUCUCGCAGGAGAGCCUCAAACGCAAACACACGCAUAUUAUCGCCAUGUGCUAAUCUUCCGAACACUUUGCUACCCAAUGGUCCACCCCAGAAGCGAAAAAAGCUAUCCCGCGCUGUGUCCUCUCUUGGCCGACUAGAGACUGAGCCAUCAUUAGAAACGGCUAGCAUCACUAAACUUAAUACCACUCAGGGCAACAGAAACCAGAAAACGAAAUCUAAGCCAGAUCUCCACAAUGGUGACUCUGACAAAGAGAACUGGCUUCCAGGCACACAAACCAUAGGUCCCCGACGUCGACGGCCACAACAGACCACCCAAUCGCAAAAUCGCGUCCUUCAGACAUCGGGGGAUGCCCGGCGUGAAGGUAAUCGGAUUAUUGGACGGGGAACAACAGCUCCUCAAAAGGCCAACGACAAAAACAAGGACGAUGGACUUAGUGGUCAGCCAUCCGUUCCUAGCUCAGGUUCAAACCAGGAAGAGGAUCUUGACUGCAUUCAAGGUUUGCUCUCCCUGAGCCAGGGUGCUUGGAAAUGA